AUGGCAUCUGGGUCAAAUUUACAAGUUGUUGAUUUAGAAGGAGCUGUUGAAGAGAGUUUCACCGAUAAAAUUAUAAGGGAAAAGGUUUGGUCUUUGAAAUCAGCUUUCACUUCUCAGCAUUUUGCUGAAGUUGAAGGUUAUUUUUUGUCCAUGAAACAGAAACUGGAACUUGAGAAUAAGUCAUGGAAAAGAGAGAAUGAAUUGAUGGAAAAUAGGGCUCAGAUAGAGAGAUUGGAGAGACUAAAAGCUGAAAAUGAGCUUAAGGAAUGUAAAAGAGAGUGUCUGCGGUUGAAGAAAGAGCAAGAAGGUUUUAAUGAGUUAGUGAUGAGUAGUGAAGAGGAUAAGAGGAUGAUAACACAGCUCAGAGAGGAAAUUUGUGAGUUGAAGCGUGCGAAAUUGAAGGCAGAGAAUGAAGUUGAUACAUUCAAGAGUAAGUUUGAGGAAUUGCGGAUGAGAGUUUUCCUUUUAGAGAAGGAUUUGAAGUUACUGAAACCUGAGGAGUCUGUAAAUAAUGUUAGGGUUUCUAGGGGGGUUGUGGAAGAGAAGGUUGUUUUCGAUGAGAAUGCUAACAGUUGUGAGAAUGUCAAUCCUGAGAAAACUGAGGUGGUUUGCAGUGAUUAUAAUGAUAUUGUUGCUGUUGGGGUAAAUGGUGAUGUGGGUGCUCUAUGUUUGGUUUCUGGUGAUGGUUUGGGAGAUAAGGCUGUGAAUGAAAAUGGAAAGAGCAGUGAAAGGGUUUGUAAUGUGAAAGUUGAGAUGGGUGCUGUUGAUAUCCGUGAGAACAUGGUUUUAGGGGCAAAUGGAGGUUCUAGGAGCAACUUGCUAGAGAAUGGAGAUGGAAACAUUGGUGUUUCAGGCAGGUUAACACCUCAAUCGCAAGAAAUUAUAGAGAUUGCUGACAGUGAUGGUGGCUCUUCUUCAAGAAGAAAAAAAUUGACCAAGCAAGGAUGUCAGCGUGAAGCAGAUUUAGGCCUGGAAGUUGUCAGCAAUGAGACCAAAUUGCUCAAAAGAAAACAAACCUCUUGUUCAACUUCUCAGGAUGAUGAUGGUGGUAGCGAUCCACUGAGGCCAACAAAAAGCCAAGUGUUGAUUCAGGGCCAUGAAAGUGUUCCUGUCAAUCAUAGUGCUGCAACAACCAUGUUUUCUGGAAGUAAUGACAGAAGAAAUGUUUUUACUCCAUCAAGGCUAGCUCCAACUGUUAUGAGAAAAUGUGAGGAGAAAAUUAGGAUUGGACAGAAUUCCCGAUUUCAGAGGAGUGAGCUUGUUUUGGAUCGUUCUGUUGGUUCUGACAGUGAGGAGAGUUCCAGCUCCUCUGAGUCGGAAGAAUUUGAUUUUUCAAUUGACUUCUCUUACAUGACAAAACCGGUGCAAGCAAAUAGAAAUCAUAGAAAGUGGAAAUCUGAAGCAGAAAUGGUUGCUGCACUAGAGCAGGAAGUAGAACUUCGUUUAAAGGCAGUUUGUGCUCUGUUCGGACAGCAGGCUGCUGUGGAGAAAUCAUCGAACUUCUAUUCAACUUUCCUAAAUCAAGGAUUUGACAAGGUUGAUGCAGCCAGGGGCACUGCUUUGGCGGAGUUUCUCAUCAAUGGGGAUCCCCAAGGGAAGCUGAAGAAAUCAGUUGUAGAGAUGAUUGCAUAUGACCUAAAAGGCACCGCUGAUUGCAGAAGACUGGCUAUCAAGUACUCUAAGCAAUUAUUUGAGAUGUACCAACAGAAGGGGGAUCCUCUUUUCUUCUAUUGA